AUGGCAGAAGAAACUUUUAGACCCAAGAAGAGACUUCGCUGGUCCAAAGAGAGUGAAGCAAACUUGUAUUUUGCUGACAAUAGAGAGCCUGCUGAUGCUAGCAUACAAGAUCGAAGUGGUCAUCUUUACAGGUGUGAAGGUGGAAUGGGAAAGAUCAGACUGAAAGGAGCACGCUCUUAUGUACCCUUAUCAGGAAAGGAUGCAGUGUUGCCAAUGUGUAUUCAAAGUUUGACCAUGGGAUCUAAUGUUGAAGUGCUUUCUCAAGAUAGUGGCAUCAGAGGGUGCUGGUUCAGAGCUCUGAUCAUCAAGAGCCACAGAGAUAAGGUCAAAGUGAAGUAUCAAGACAUCAAGGAUGCAGAUGAUGAUGCAAAAAAUCUGGAGGAGUGGGUUUUGGCAUCUCGAUUAGCUGUGCCAGAUGAGUUAGGUAUCCGGAUUUGUGGAAGGACCAUUAUUAGACCCAUGCCAUUGUCUCAUGGGGGCAAACUUUCCAACAUAGUUAAUGUUGGAAGCAUUGUUGAUGCUUGGUGGCACGAUGGAUGGUGGGAAGGCAUUGUAGUGAAGAAAGAAUCUGAAGAUAAGCUGCAUGUUUAUUUCCCAGGGGAGAAGAAAGAGCAGAUAUUUGGUUCAGGGGACUUGAGGCAUUCUCAAGAAUGGUAUGAAAAUGGCUGGAAUUGUUUUGAGGAAAGACCAGAGGUAGUCUCAGUAUUGUCCAGUCAGAAGACAAAACAAAGCAUGGAAAAAUCCUCAGAUAAUAAUCUAGCGGCUGCAUAUAAAAAUAGAGAACCUUUAGGCUCCAUUUGUAAUAAUGUGUUGCCUAUAAAGAUUGUAGUUGGAUGUGGUGACUCUGUGGCUGGCAUUGAUAACAAGAAGCCAAUGGAAUUAAAGAUGGUUAGGGAUCUCACUAAAUAUUUUGCUGGUCAGUUGAGAUGGACGUUGAAAAGAAGACGCAGUAAGAUACCUGUUCACAAGGUACAAUGUGGUCUGAAUAGUAGUGAUUCGGGAAUCCAGGCUUUCGAUAGAUUCUUGUCUAAUUCAGCCUUGCAAGUUGAUGCGGACAACUGUAAAUAUGCCGGUGAUGCUCUCCACACUUCAUCAGUAGCGUCUUCUUUUCCAAACUUGGUCAUGUCUAGGUGA